AUGAAGUUCAACGCAGCUUGGAUCAAGCCCACCUUUACACCUGUAGCUGUCGACCAGCACAGCGACUCAGAAGCCCCUGCUUCGAGUGAUGAGUCGAAAGGAGCACGUGUCGAUUCGCAAGGACCUUCAACAGUCGAGUCCGACUCUCUCGCCGUCGAUGAAGAUGCCCAAACCGGUGUCCAGAAGAUCCAGGCCACGGCACAGGCUUGGGGUAAGAAUCAACUUGUCCUGGCUUAUUUGCUGAUCUUCCUCAUUUACUUUGUUGAUUCUCUUCAACAACAGAUCACAGGCGUCUUGACUCCAUAUGUCACCAGCAACUUUCAACUUCAUUCCCUCACCGCCACCACCGGCAUCCUCUCUCAGAUCAUUGGCGGCCUGAGCAAGCUCCCGCUCGCAAAGAUCUUGGAUAUCUGGGGCCGCCCCCAAGGCUUCAUCCUCAUGGUGGUCCUGCUCACAAUCGGUCUGAUCAUGAUGGCGGCGUGCCAGAAUGUCGAGACGUACGCCGCAGCUCAAGUCUUCUACUGGGUCGGCUACAAUGGUGUCGGCUAUGCACUCAGCAUAUUCAUUGCUGAUACCUCUCACCUCAAGAAUCGAGGCUUGAUGUUCGCCUUCUCUGCUUCGCCUUAUAUUGCAACCACGUGGGCAGGGGGUCCCGCUGCACAACGCUUCCUUGAGGGACCUGGCUUCCGAUGGGGGUUCGGCACAUUUGCCAUUGUCACCCCUGCCAUCUGCAUGCCUGUCUUCUGUCUCUUUGUCUACAACUAUCGAAAAGCGAGGAAAGCAGGCCUGAUGCCCGUCCGCCAGAGCAACCGCACCUUUCUCCAAUCCCUUCGAUACUACGCCAUCGAGUUCGAUCUUUUCGGCUUGCUGUUGAUCACAGCUGGAGUUGCGCUCUUCCUGUUACCAUUCUCAUUAUACUCCUACCAGCGGGAUGGCUGGAAAGCUCCCAUGAUCAUCUGCAUGAUCAUAUUUGGCGGACUUCUGCUUAUCGCCUUUGGCCUUUGGGAGAAAUUCUGGGCUCCCAAAAAAUUCAUUCCCUGGGAGCUCCUGACGGACCGGACCGUUGUCGGUGCCAACAUGCUCUCCGCCGUUCUCUUCAUCAGCUUCUACAUAUGGGAUUCCUUCUUCUACUCCUUUCUCAUCGUCGUGAACAACCAGACCGUCACCCAUGCAGCCUACAUCAUGAACAUCUACAGCAUUGGAGCCUGUUUCUUCGCGAUCCCCGUAGGCCUCUACAUCCGAUGGCGUGGACGCUUCAAGAACAUCGCCCUGUACUUCGGCCUGCCUUUGAACAUCCUGGGCGUCUCGCUCAUGCUACGGUUCCGUCAACCACACUCGAAUAUCGGAUACAUUAUCAUGUGCCAGAUCUUCAUUGCGUUCGCUGGUGGAGUCUUGGUCAUUUGCGAACAGAUUGCUGUCAUGGCUGCAGCCUCUCACCAACACGUCGCCGUCGUCAUUGCUAUCGAGGGAAUGUUUUCCUCGGUCGGUGGGGCAAUCGGAUCCACUAUUGCAACGGCUAUCUGGACCGGCGAGUUCAAGGGUAAGCUGCGGAAGUAUCUGCCGGAGUCGGCGCAACCUGAGCUCGACACCAUCUACGGCAGCUUGGUCGUCCAAUCAUCCUAUGCUCCAGGAACCCCUACCAGAGAGGCCAUCAACAGAGCAUAUGGAGACACCCAGAAGCUGAUGCUGAUCGCUUCGACGGCGUUCCUAGCCCUUGCCAUUGUGUCGGUUCUCUUGUGGCGGAACAUCUACGUCAAGGACAUCAAACAGGUCCGAGGACGCGUAGCCUAA